AUGGGAGCAGCCGGUCGCAUUGCGUGUAUUUUCACACCUUACGUACUCACUACCGCGUCACUGAUUUGCCUUAUCUUGGUCGGCCUGGGCUGCACUAAGGCCAGUAAUAGUACCCUUGAUAACCUAUAUUUCCUGAGGGUUGAUCUCCAAAACAUCACCAGCACCGGUUCUAAAACAACUGAAGAGAUUGAGACUGUUCUCAAUAAAUUUGGCAUCACCAGUGUCACUUCAGCUGAGGUAUCAGACCUAAUCUCAAGCUUGAAGGAUGACAGCAUUCUGAAGGACUUCUACGAUAUUGGUCUUUGGGGCUACUGCGAGGGUGACAUUGCCAACAGCAGCAGUACUUUCAAUACUGACUCGUGCUCUAAGCCUAAGGCUGAAUUCUAUUUCGAUCCGCUAGAAAUCUGGGGUCUGAGCAACAGCACCUCUGUUCAAAAUGAUCUACCCUCAGACUACAACAAGUACAUGAAGAUAUACCGGACCGUUUCGAAGUGGAUGUUCAUCGCCUACCUGGUCGCCUUCAUUGCCACGUGUGUCGAGAUCGUAGUCGGCGUUUUUGCCAUUUGCAGCCGCUGGGGCAGCUGUGUUACCACCCUGGUCGCUGCCGUCGCCUUCCUCUUCACCGCUGCCGCCUCCAUCACCGCAACUGUCUUGUUCUCUAUCUUCAAGGGCUCUCUCGGAAAGACCCUCGAAGCAUACGGUAUAUAUCUUAGUAUGGGCAAGCACAUCUACGCUACAACAUGGCUUGCCGUUGUCUUCUCUCUCGGUGCUCUUAUGUUCUGGACCUUGAGUGUGUGCUGCUGCUCUGGCCGAUCCCCAUACAACCACCGUGAGCGUAGCCGUGGUGUCACCGCCGAGAAGGCUCCUUACACGUACGAGCCCAUCGGGGGCGGUACCCUGCCCUUCAACCAGCAGUAUCCUACAUCGUACUCGCCCCAGGCUCACCAGAACGCCUACCCCAUGACCGCUCAGCCCACCCAGGCUUACGAGCCCUUCCGCCAUGCCUAA